AUGUCCGACUCAAAAACGGAGGAAGAUCAAACAAAAAUUGAAGAGAAACACGAGGAGAAGCCUGCAGCAACAUCUGAAGAAGCUGGAUUCGGCGGCUUCGGAGUUGCAAGUUCAUGGCUCAAUCAGGGACAAACGUGGGGAGCAUCGUUCCUGAAUACCGCGAGAGAAAAGACAAUGACUACUCUCGAUCUUGUCAAGAAAGAUUUGAACGAUUUGACCGAUGCUGUAACCGCCGAAGUGACUGAUCUCGCUUCAGCAGCAAAAGAAGGGUUCGGAACUGCUGCGAACGCUGUGAAACAACAAGCUCAGGCAUUUGAGAAGCUCGUUACACCAAAUGAAGAAGAUAAGCCGCUUCCUGGAGAAUUUGAAACUGAAGAAACGUCUGAAAUCGAGGAGAAAAAAGAGAAGCCAAAGUUGGAGAGCUCGAGUUCGCUAAGCUUUGGAUGGAUGAGUAAAAUUGUGGACACUGUCACCGAUACUGUAAAGAAUUUGGCAAUGGAAGAGACUACAACUGGAGAAGAUGAAUUCACUGAGGUCAUUAAGCCGAAAAAGGAUAGAAAAACGUGUCUUUCCAAAUUGAAAAUCACUGAAAUUCAAUCCAGUGAAUCAACGUAUCUCAAUGAACCAGGAAACUCGGAGUUUUAUGAAAGAUGGCUCUCGCGCUUCAACUUGGAUGAAUAUGAUGGCGAAAUUAACAUUUUAUUGGCUAAUAACCCUUCCUUACGUCAAGUCUUCGCCAGUCUUGUUCCAGCCAGCGUGAGCCAUGAAACUUUCUGGAAACGAUAUUUCUACGCCAUUGAAGUUGCUGAAAUGGAAGAAGAAAUGAACAAAUCAACGCUAUCGGAAGCAUUGAAUGUGGAUACCAAGUCACCUAAGAAAGCUAAGAGAAAGGGAUCAUCUGGAGUGUCAUCGAAAAAGUCGUCACCAUCGUCAGAGUCAUCUUUAGUAGUUGUAGAAGAGCCGACAAGUCCAUCACAGUCUGAAUGGAGUGUUUGCAGUGAGAAGAACGUUGAGGAAAUCCCAUCAAACGACGAAGAUGAAGAGAAAGGCCCAUUAACCCCACGUCCAGAAAGCGAGAAAAAGGAAGAAGGAUGGGUCAAUUGGGAUGAAUAA